AUGAAGUUCCCAGCCCUCCUGGUCUUGGCCCAAGCAGCCGCUGCCUUUACCACCAAUGUCGGUCCCGAUUAUCAGCAUCCCCUAGAAGACCUGGACAAAGACCUCCCCUUCUCCCAGCCAGUCACGUUCGCUCACCUGGAAUGGCAACGCUGCCUUGCCUCCACGCACAACUCGCCACUCGACAUCGCAAUCCUCGGCUUCCCUUACGACACCAGCACCUCCUACCGCCCCGGAGCGCGCUUCGGCCCACGAGGCAUCCGCGCCGGGUCCUCGCGGGAGAAGAAAGGGCGAAGCUACAAUACCAUCUGGGAAGUUGAUCCAUUCGAGCAAGACCUGAGCAUCGUCGACUGCGGCGACAUCCCAAUCACGCCGUUCGACGCCGCCCACGCAUUCCAGCAGAUGGAGCAGGGGUACCGACAGGUUCUGUACCAUCCGACCUCGACGCCAAACAAGACCAAAGACGCGGCAGGCUGGGCCCAUCCGCGGAUCAUCAGCCUGGGCGGCGACCACUCCAUCGUGCUUCCGAUCCUCCGCAGCCUCAAGACGGUCUACGGGCCUAUCUCGGUCAUCCAUCUUGACUCGCACCUGGAUACUUGGGACCCGUACGAGGGGUAUACAGGUAUCGCAUCGGAGCAGUCUGCCAUCACGCACGGGACGUUCUUCUGGCAUGCCGCUAGGGAAGGGUGCAUCAACAAGGGGGCGAGUGUGCACGGCGGACUGCGGACGAAGCUCUUCGGACCGAGAGACUAUGAGAUCGACACGGAAGUCGUCGGGUUCCAUCGCAUCGAGGCGCACGAGAUCGAUGAUAUUGGUGUUGAGGGGAUCAUCAAGCGGACGGUCGAUGCGGUCGGUACAACGAACCCGGUGUAUCUUUCCAUCGACAUCGACGUUCUGGACCCGAGCAUCGCCCCUGCAACAGGCACCCCCGAGUCCGGUGGAUGGACGACGCGCGAACUGAAGCGGUAUAUCAAGGGGCUUGAAGGGCUGAAUCUCGUUGGGGCAGACGUUGUCGAGGUGAGUCCGCCAUACGACUCGGCGGCUGAGACAACCUCGGUUGCGGCAGCAGACCUGAUCAUCGAUAUCCUGGCUGCGAUGGUCAAAAAGAAGGGGUUCGGGAUUGGUUCCAAGCCACUGAGGGACGAGCUAUAA